AUGUCCCUAGUGUACCUUCUAGGGGCUUACUUUUUGGGUGGGAUCACUUUUCUACCCAUAUUGAUUGUCGGUUUUAUUUAUUUCCAUCCGAAAACAUCCGAGUCGCCAGUUACUGAAAGUUACAAAGCCGGAGAGAUCGAGGAAAACAAUCAAUCUGGAUUGGAUUCUUUUAAACAGGGAUGGCUUGUCGUGACUCAUGAGUAUAUUGAGUCCACAGAUGAAAUUAGCUCUCGUACCGAAGCCAUAUCUGAGGCCUCAGAGGGCAAGACAGCCUAUGCAUCACUCUAUAAGUUAGUCAAGAACAAUCCAAAGACUGACUCGACGGAAUCCUUGGAGUCGAGCAUGGCUACUGGACAUACGCCUAGCUUAUCUACCGAAGGCACGACACUGGGAUCAAAGAAGUUCGUCACGAACAAGAGGCAUCGUUAUUUCGCAGUUCUCAAACAUGGCAAUCUUUUUUUGUACAAAAACGAAAAGAUGAAAGAUGUGAAGCAUGUAAUUGUUCUUCAAAACCAUGUUGUAGCACUUUGGCCCCGAACGUUGUCGGAGGGCUCUUUGUUCACAAAAAACUCUUCAAUUGCUAUCCUCAAAAGUGACUGGUCUCGAACCCGGAGAUUAUCUGAUGACCUAAGUGAUACCGAGUGGGCGGAUGCCAAAAAACUUACCAUCGCAGACGUUCUCAAUCCAGAGUCGAAAUUGCCUGCUCCUCCAGGCUCCUUCUUUAUCUACACAGAUAUAACUAUCGAUAAAGAAGAUUGGUAUUUCACUCUUCUCAGAGCAACAAAAGCAGGCACUUCCUUUCCUAGAAACCUAGAUCCGAAGAUCUAUGCGAAGUCGUUACAUUAUGACACGGCCAAUAUGAUGAACCUUAUCCAGUCUUUAUACAGCUCGGAGGGGCAACUACAAACAAAAUGGCUCAAUGCUAUAAUUGGGCGUCUCUUUCUUUCUUUGCAAAAGACCGACUUCAUGAAAAGUUAUUUGGUUUCACGAAUAGAGAAGAAACUUAAUAAAUUAAAGACACCAGGAUUUCUAGAGAAGUUUCAGAUCAGCAAAGUUGAUCCUGGCAACUCAGCGCCACUCAUCACAUUCCCAGCUCUCAAAGAAAUCAAUCCAAACGGUGAGUUACUUGUAUCAUUUGAUUUGCAUUAUUUCGGUGAGCUCUCGCUCCAAAUUGCAACUAAAGCUAACAUCAAUCUUGGAUCUAGGUUCAAGACAAGAGAUGUUGAUUUAGCACUUUCAAUCACAAUUGAGAAAAUUGAAGGGCCAAUGCUUGUCAAGAUAAAACCGCCUCCUUCUGCCCGAAUCUGGUACACAUACGAGAGAGAGCCCAAUAUGUCUAUCAAGAUAGAGCCUAUUAUCAGUUCGAGGCAGAUGUCAUAUACAAUUAUCACAAGUUCCAUAGAAAAGAUGAUGAAAGAAUCUAUAAGAGAUUCACUAGUUCUACCUCACUGGGAUGACAUGAUCUUUUAUUACACUGAUGAUGAGCUUUAUAGAGGUGGAGUUUGGGAUAAAGAUGCCAGGAUUCCAGAACCUGAGAAUGAUACCACAGAUCCAGAAGUGAAGAAAGAAGGUACCGAGCAGGAUACCUCUGCUGUGUCAUUCCCGGAAGAAACACAGCUGGUGACUGUUACGGAGGAGGAUGAUUCUGUGAGACUGGAUUCCUCAUCUCUUAUUGAUAUGUCGCCAUCAAAAAACUCAAAAAUAAGCUUAUCGGCGACAUUGAAUGAUUUCACCAAGAGGCUAAGAAAGCCGAAAUCUGGCCAUACACUAGGCAUAGAUGAGACUCAUUGUCUUUCAGAUGGAACUGUUGUCGAAAAUUCUCGUGUCACUCCCGCAAGCAUUGAUUUAAUGGAGAAUGGUUUGAAAGAGCCAAACACCACUCUUAAAAAGAUCGGAAAUUGGUACUCAAAACUUGAAAAAAGUGAAGAGGUAAAGAUUUCUGCACAGACAACAUCGAGCACAUACCAUCCACCCGAGAUGAUAUCAAAUCGUAGAGGUCGAAAACAAUCGUCGGCGUCUGCAACGAGUUCUGAGGCCGAGAGAGAUAUUAAUCGUGGUCAAUUUGAUUUCGGCUCCAAAUUCAAGGAGUCGGAAUCAUUGUCACGUUCUCUCGAUAUCACUGGUCAUGAUUUGAAGUUACGUAGACGAGUCGACUCAGUGACAAGCCCACUUCCUCCUACUGAUUUACUCGGUGAACCAAUGGAUGGGCUCAAAGUGGUGAAACCAAUCGCUGAUGAGCUUGGAAUUGAGACUCAAAAACUGGCUCUUGAUGAGCAACCGCAUCUUGUACGAUCAAACACUCAAGUGCAACGGAAACCGCCACCCGACUAUCCACUAUAA